AUGGCUUCCUUACUCACCCUGCCCCGAGAGCUUCGCGAUGAGAUCGUCGAUCUCCUGCUACUUACGCACAACCCGCAGCCGGCGGAUGUAUCCGAAUCCGACGUUUACGAUAUAUAUCAUCGAUCUUCGCCCACCGUCUUUCCUCGCCCCGUAAAGCACCACGCUGCUGGCCUCUGUCAGGCCUCACGUCAACUUCGUACCGAGGUGCUUCAGCGCUCAUCUUCGCUUCAACUGGGGUUACGAUAUGCCCUCCGGAUAAUUAUUCAUAGACCUGAAACUCGUGAACGUGGUUUAUUUCUGGAGCCUCGCCUGCGAUGGAUUGACACACCCGUUGCCGAUGCGAAUAACCUCGACAAGUUCGAUAUCUCAUUUGAGUUGAACGACUUGUAUGGACGCGCCGGCCGCAAUGCAACGAUCAACAAAGUCAAUAUCGAAGUCACCGUUAAAGAAAGCCAAGCCUUUGUGUCCCGUGGUGGAGGUCUCAAAGGCGACAAUGCUUUGGAAAAGUUGGAACGGAUUCUUUCUGAUGGCGGACAACAAUUUGCGAACUUCUGCAUAGCAAUGGCUAUCAAGUACAGCUGUCUCGGAGUUAUAGAUCUGGUGAGGAAUACGGAUACGGAACCUGUGACACUUCUUCCAAGUAGCAGGAACAAGUUCUGGCAACGAAUUGGUAGCAUUUCACUGCAGGCUGGCACUGCAGUUCGCAAGAAGACUUGGUACAUCGACCGUAAACUCAUAGAUCGCAUGGUAGAUGUCGAAGACCCCAAGUACCAUAAGUUCAUUGCAGAGAUACUGCUGCAGAGAGGUCGUAGUGGCCUGGAUCGAGAUUCGAUGCUCGCGAACGAUCACUACGAGGAUCCUGAAACAGUCGUCCUAUCCGGGAGUCGUGAUCGGAAUAAUCAUCGACACGCGAUUGGUGUUCGCAUACACAAGACUAAGCAAGGCUGGAGCGAUGCGCAACCGUUGUGUAUCGUGGCUUGGAAAGAAGCGGUGAGAGGAGAAUGUUUUCGAGAGGAGUGGAAAGCUUGA